CCUACCUUUAUAUAUGCAUACGCUCCUCCUCCAACCCUAACCCUUCCACCACUCGCUCUGCCUCUCCUAAAACCCUAGCCUCUCUAUCUCUCUCAUCAAACAAUGGAGUUUUGGGGUGCUGAGGUCAAAAGUGGUCAGCAACUUCCGGUAGAGGCCGGGGAAGGGAUAGUUUUGCAUCUUUCGCAGGCAUCUCUUGGGGAGGUCAAGGGAACGAAAGGAAAUGAAUCUGUUAGCCUCUUUGUGAAUGUUGAUGGCAAGAAGCUUGUUCUCGGAACACUUUUUUCGGACAAGUUACCUCAGCAGCAAUUUGACUUGGUUUUUGAUAGAGAUUUUGAGCUAUCCCACAACUGGAAAAAUGGGAGUGUCUACUUUUAUGGAUAUAAACUUAACAAUGCUGUUGAUGAUUCUGAGGAUGAUGACAGUUUUGAGUCUGAUUCUGAAGAUGAGCUUCCUCUCCCUGUUGCAAACAAUGGAAAGCCUGAGGCUCCGGUUAAGCAAAACAAACCUAACGCAACUGAGAAGGCUAAUGCUGUGAAGGAUUCUGCUGCUGGUAAGCAGAAGGUGAAGAUUGUGGAGCCAAAUAAAUUUGUGAAACCCGAGGAAGAUGAUGAUAGUAGUGAUGAGGAUGCCUCGAUGGAUGAUUUGGGAUCGGAUGAGGAUGAUGAGAGUGACUCUGAGGGUGAAGAUGAAAGCGAUGAAGAGGAUGAGGAGACACCAAAAAAGGUUGAACUUGGCAAGAAGAGAACUGCAGAAUCGGCUACCAAGACACCUGGUCCUGAUAAAAAGGCGAAAAUGAAUACUCCUAAAAAAACUGGUGAUUUUCAUGUUUUCUGCUAUUAUUAUUUUCCCACCUUUAAUUAA